AUGCUCUCACAAUAUAUCAUUAAACCUUCAACUUCACCCUGGUCUUUCCCAAUUUGGAUUGUACCUAAGAAAUUAGACUCUUUAGGGGAGACAAAAUGGCGCAUCGUGAUAGACUAUCGAAAGCUCAAUGACAUAACCGUAGGUGAAAGUUACCCAAUUCCACAGAUUAACGAGAUUUUAGACCAACUAGGACAGAGUAAAUAUUUCACUACACUUGAUCUUUGUUCUGGUUUUCACCAGAUAUCCAUUUCAGAAAAAGAUACCCCUAAAACAGCUUUCACUGUCCCUCAAGGACAUUUUGAAUUUAAACGUAUGCCAUUUGGGUUAAAGAAUACCCCUGCAACCUUCCAACGCCUUAUGAAUACUGCGUUAGCAGGAUUACAGGACAAGUGCGAAUUUCUACGUAGAGAGGUCGGAUAUUUGGGCCAUGUAAUCAGCGAAAACGGGGUUAGUCCUAACCCUGAAAAGGUUAAAGCCGUUUCCAAAUUCCCAGUACCAAAAUGUCCUAAAGAUGUAAAGUCAUUUCUAGGACUUGUGUCAUAUUAUCGCCGAUUCAUUCCAGACUUCUCAAAAACUGCUAAACCGUUAACCACUCUGCUUAAAAAAGAUGUUUUGUUCAAUUGGUCAAUAGAACAACAAGCAGCCUUUUGUAGGGCACUAGUAUGA